GCAACGCGUCCCAAGCAUAUGCCUUCACCUACCAUCAGCAUAAUCGCACCAACACCACCGCGCAAUGCAUCCCGCUUCCGACUUCUGUAUCGUGGUGCACUCUCGCUGCCGGACUCCCAUCUACUACUCGAUGGCUUGACUUUCGUCUCUCAAACGCCAGCAGCAGAAGACCUGGCUUCGGGUUCCGGGUCAGGACAGAAUCAAACCCUUCUCGAAAGCCCGCUGGCACUGGCCCUAGAGAGCAUGCGAGGCGUGACGAGCUUGAGAUGGAUGGGACCAGUUCAACUACGAGACGUUUAUCUCGACGAGUCCGGUGGAAUCACAAUGGAUAUUCACCCUGCUGCCACCCUCUCUCGCAUAUAUUUUGAAAACACAUUCUGUUUGGAACCUUCAUCGCUUGCGUGGGGUAUUAAGGUCGCUUUGGGGGACACAGAUGGCCCGGAAACGACUUACAUGCUCAUAUACCCGCGUACCCAGCCGCAAGAAACCGAACUCACACUCGCUGUUGCACGUAUAACGCCGACUCCCCCAUCUACCACAAAAUAUCGUCUUCCCCGACCUGACGACCCUACUCCUCGGCGCCCGCCACAUCUGUUUUCACGCACCACCUCUGCUGCCGCCCGACCCCAUAAACGAACUUCCAGUAUUGCUGCUGAUUUGGGUAGUGGUGUCCGUCUUGGCUCUCCGCCUGCUUCUGGGUCUUUCCGUGUACCAGAACUACCUUCAGAACGCUCAACAAAGGGCAAAGAACGUGCAAUUGAAGAUGAAGAUGACGUUUUCGGAACUGCCUCAUCGUCGGUGGUACCGAUAGAAAACAAGGGAAAGCGGAAGCGUCCCGCUGAAGCGAUCGAGACCCCCGGGCCGCAGCAAAUCGACGUAGAGAACCAGAUGGAAAAAGCCAAUAAGACUAUAAUCAAACAGUCCACCAUCCAUCUUAUGCAGCUCCCGAAAACACAUCCGGACUACAAGGACCUGUAUGGAGCAGUCUAUCGGGGUGUUAUAUUUGCUCUGCGCACGGAAAUGAAGAGAACAGCUGUAGAUCUUAAGACUGUUGAACGAUUAGUCAAGUUACAUCUCAACAUGUACUCGCCCACAGACGCAAAACCUGCUAAAAGAACAUCAUCAUAA